AAGUCUAACCUAUGAAUCUUGUAAUAAUUCAAUAUAUUUAAAGAAAAAUAAACUGUUACUUGUGAAAAUCACGCAAAAAAUGUAAUUUGCAAUUCUACGAGCAUCACCAAUACGUUACUUGUCCUGUUAUAAACAUUAUGAUGUGUCUUCAUAGUGCAUGUAUAAAACAAAUUUUAUGAUGAUGGAUAACAACUCAGUUAAAAGAUUUAAGCAGUCAAAAGACUGUGAAAAUUCUUUAGAAAAAAAUGAACAAGAAGUACUUGUUCUGCCACCCAAUCUUUUACAAGAGUUAGGUAUUAAUUUAGGAAAUAUUCAAAAUACAUCAUAUUAUCCUGUAGUCAAAGAUAAUUUUGAGCCCAACAACUUACAAAGUGGUGAAAAAUCGAAAAUCAAUUCUGAACAGUUACAUGACAUAGCUAAAGAAGUUACUGGACUUGGAUCUGAAAACUUAGUUCAGUUAAGCCCUCCGAUUUUAUCUUCUAAGGACAUUCCAAAACAGAAACAAGAAUACACUGUUCCAAAUAAAGAUGUAUCAACAUCUAAUAUUGAUCAAAACAAUAUAAACAUCAAUUUAGACCAAAAUACAAAAGUAGUAGAUAAAAAUACCGACAUUCAAAUACCAUGUAGUGUUGAUAGCAACUUGGAUAUCAAAAACCAAAAAAAGAGUAAUGUAUGUAAUAAUAAGCAAAGUAUAGAAAUUGUUGAAUUUACUUCAUUAAACCCACAAUCUAGUCACUUAAAUAUUAAUAAUGUUAAGAAAAGCAAAAUAAAUAUAAUAUCACAUGAAGUUGUGAAACAUGUAAGUGAGGAAAAAUUUAAGACACUAAAAAUUUGCCCCGCACCCAGAGAUGCUUUUAUUCCAUUUAAAAUAAAUACAUUGUUAGAUAGGAUUUCUAAAAGUAAUACAAUAUCUGAUAAUGUAACAAGUGACACAAUAGAACAUUCAACAUCAUUGGAGCCUCAAUUCGAUAGUGAUAAAAUGUUUAAAACAGAUGACUUGGUUUGUUCUAUGCAUACAGAAGAGAAUGAUUUGACUACAAACAACCUUAACCAUCCUGAUAUUGAUGCUGCCAAUGGUUCAGUACCAGAUACUGGUCAAAAACCAGAAGCCAACAAUGUUACUGAAGUUUAUUGUGUCAUUGAUGAAGUGGAUAAUACAAGAGAAGAAUCAAAUGUUGCAACAUGCACUGAGAAUAAAACAGUUGAUAUUGAUAUGAGUGAUGAGAUACCAACUUCCUCCACUAGUGUGGUAUCACAAAUAUCAGAUAACACAUUAACUGAUGUAUACGAAAUUGAAAUAGAGGAAGUUGAUGAAGAAAUUUGCACAGAAAAAAAUAAUAAUAUUUCAGAAACCUGUGUUGGGUCUAAUAUUUCCGCUAGUGAUAAACAAUCUAUGGAUGGUUGUUGGCGUGAGAGUGUGAUAAAAAGACAUGAUUAUAUGAAUGACAGUUUAUUAGAAAAAGUAAAAUUGUCAACACAUCAUUUAACAACUAAAUCUAAAUUAUGUAUACAAGGUGUUGAGAAACCCGGUGGAAAAAUUGAUAGUGAUGAAUUACAAACCGGUAUGAUUUUAAGAACCUAUGUGAACAGAAAGGCCAGAAAUGAAUUUAACAGUAAAACAGGUGAUGUGAUACUUAAUAAUGAGACUGCAAAAACCUAUGAAAUUGUAGAUAAAUGCACCGAUUUUAAUAAUAUUGAUGUUAAUUGUGUCACCAAACAAGUUUCGCCUUGUAAUGAAUUUGGUAGAUUGCAGUUUGAUGGUGAUGAUAGUGAGUGUGUGCAUUUUUAUUUUUUACCCAAAUAUACAGUACAAAGUACUCCUUCAAGUUUUGAUACUCUCAGUGAUGAGAGUGCUAGCAAUCAGGAAGCAUUCACUGAAGAUAAUACUUAUGGCAAUGAUGUCCAAAUCAAUUUGAGUGAUGUUUGCUGUUCAGAACAUUCAUCAAUUUCAGAUAAUGAUAAAUCUGAAUUAAAUGAGGAUUAUAAACUAUUUUCAAGUGAAACAUAUGUAAACCUGUAUGAUGAUAUCAAAAGUGAUGAUUUAUAUUCCUUUUCGGAGGUGAAGGAAGAAACUUUUGAUGAUGACAGUUUAGUAGAACAAAGUGAUCCAGAAGAACAAGAGCUUUUUAUAAAAGAUACAUGUAGAAAUGACUACAGAAGAAUUAGUACUGCAGAGGAAGUUGGUGAGAUGUCUGAAGCAUAUACAAAGAAACGAAAAAGGACAUCUAGCCAAGAAGAGGAAGGUAUACUUUUGCACAAUAUCCAAGAGAAUUAUCAUAAUGCAUCAGAUGGUAAAACAAUUAUCUAUGUUAGAUGCGCAGUUUGCCGCAAAGAAGUACUUGAAGUCGAUUGGGAUGGCCAUUUGUAUGAAGAACAUUGCUAUAUAGCAUGGAAGGAAGGUGCCAGUAUAAUAGAUUUACGUGAUGAUGAAUUGAUUGAAAAAAUGUCCGAAACCUUGGAGAAGCUCAAAAGUCUGUAUUGCACUUUUUGUGGUCAAAAAGGGAAAAACUUGAACAGAAUGUUGGCGCAUUUAAAAAAAUGCAUAACGAAAAUAUUCAUUGAUACAAAUUCCAACGAGAAUGUAAACACUGAAAUAAAAUCGGAACUGGUAAAAUGCGGAGUUUGUAAAAUGGAAAUGAGUUUUAACGACUGGAAUGAUCAUAUACACAAAGAACAUAAUUAUUUAGCUUGGAAAGAUGGAGACCCAGAAUUAAAUCUAGACGACGUGUGGAAAAUACAAAUUCAUUUACAAAAUAUCUUAAACGAUAUUGGAAGAUUGGUGUGCGGUAAAUGUGAUUUGGUCUGUCACUAUACUAAUAGUUUUAUAAAACAUAUUAAAAAAUGCGACGGGAGUAGAGUAAAUUAUUCCGUCAGCGAUUCUGUGGAAUGCGGUGUUUGUUCUCAGAAAGUAGAGGGCACUAAAUGGUUGGACCAUAUACAUAAAGAACAUAAUUAUUUAGCCAAAAUACGCGGAGCUCCACCGCUAGAUUUAUCAGAUGAUGAUGCAGUCAAGAAACACUUACAAGGAAUCAGAUCAAUUACCGGUCGUCUUACUUGUGCUAAAUGCGGAAUGAAGCGAAAAAUCAUUAAACAUUUCAUGGAGCAUAUAAAAGAAUGUGGUGGUACCAUUCAGAAGAAAAUAAAUGUUGAAUCUGAGUUAGAUAAUUCAGUUUGUGAGACAGUGAGGUUGCAGUACAGCGGCACUGUGCAGUGCGGGGUGUGCAGAGAACAAGUGGACGGAGCGCAGUGGUUACAGCACAUACAGAAAGAACAUAAUUAUAUUGCUUGGCUACAAGGAGAACAGCCUCUUAAUUUCCUAAAGGAAGAGGAUUUAUGGCAGUAUUUAAACAAGGUAAAAAAAAUAACUAGACUAUUGAUAUGUGUUAAAUGUGGGCAGUAUCGUAAAAACGGUAAAACUUACAUGGAGCAUAUCAACGAGUGCCACGAUAGCAAGAUAAUUCAAGAUCAAAAAUCUGAAUAUCCUGUAACUGGGAUCGAUAUAUCUCAAAACUUAAGUAUUAGUAGUACAGAGGAAGGCGGUGAGGCAUGUAUAACACAGAAACGAAAAAGGACAAUAACCGAAGACGAAGGGGCAUCUCUACAGAGUACUAAAGCCAAUAAUCGUAAUGCGCCAGAUGCUAAAAAAAUUAGCUCAUGUGUUAAAUGCGCGGUUUGCGACAAAGAAGUACCUGAAGUCGAUUGGAACAGCCAUUUGUAUGAAAAUCAUUGUCAUAUAGGUUGGAAAAAAGGCUCCAGUAUAAUAAACCUAGAUGAUAAAGUGUUAUUACAAAAAUUGUCCAAAACCUUGAAAAAAGACAGUGGCUUGUAUUGUACUUUUUGUGGCCAAAAAGUGAGAGAUUUGAAAAAAUUUUUGUCACAUUUGAAAACAUGUAUAACGAAAGUAUUUACAAAUGUAAAUUUUACCAAUACCAAUAACGCCGAGGAUGUAAAAAUUGAAAACGAUGGCACAGUUAAAUGUGAGAUUUGUGAGGAAAAUGUUCCUGUCGUCGAUUGGACAGAGCACAGCAACACGCGGCACGCUGAUAUCAAGCCUUGUAUAGAUGUGAUACCUGCUGCAACUGAGAAUGUGAUAAAAAUCGAACAUGAUGACGAGAAAGAAGUGAAAUCGGAGCUAGUAAAAUGCGGAGUUUGUAAAAUGGAAAUGAGUUCCAACAACUGGAAUGAUCAUAUACACAAAGAACAUAAUUAUUUAGCUUGGAAGGAUGGAGACCCAGAAUUAGAUCUAAACGAUGAAAACCAAAUUUAUAUUUGUUUACUAAAUGUUGUAGACAAAAUGGGAGGACUGGUGUGCGGUAAAUGUACCUUAGUCCGUCAGUAUCCUAAAAGUUUCAUGAAACAUAUUAGUAAAUGCAACGGAAAUAAUGUAAACGAUUGCCAUAAUGAUUCAGUGGUUGUCGACUCAAACGACGAUGUAAACCAAACGCAAGAAGAUGACACAUCACUAACCCUCAGCGAUUCUGUGGAAUGCGGGGUUUGUGCUCAGAAAGUAGCGAGCACUGAAUGGUUGGACCACAUACAUAAAGAACAUAACUAUUUAGCUAAAAUACGCGGAGCUCCGCCGCUAGAUUUAUCAGAUGACGAAGCAGUAAAGAAACACUUACAAGGAAUCAGAUCAAUCACCGGUCGUCUUACUUGUGCUAAAUGCGGAAUGAAGCGAAAAAUCAUUAAACAUUUCAUGGAGCAUAUAAAAGAAUGUGGUGGUACUGUUCAGAAGAAAAUAAAUGUUGAAUCUGAGUUAGAUAAUUCAGUUUGUGAGACAGUGAGGUUGCAGUACAGCGGCACUGUGCAGUGCGGGGUGUGCAGAGAACAAGUGGACGGAGCGCAGUGGUUACAGCACAUACAGAAAGAACAUAAUUAUAUUGCUUGGUUACAAGGAGAACAGCCUCUUAAUUUCGAAUUAGAAGAGGAAACAUGGCAGUAUUUAAACAAUGUGGCAAGAAAAGCUGGAGUAUUGAUAUGUGGCAAAUGUGGACUUUAUCGUAAAUACGGUAAAGCCUACAUGCAGCAUGUCAAGGAGUGCGAUGGCAGUAAGGCUGCCUUGGUCGAUCAAUUGAAUGUCUCUCAAAUGAUGGAAAAUGAUAUAAAUUCAACAUAUUUGGACGAUUGUAUAAAUUAUCGCGACAACGUGAAGUGCGGCGUGUGCGCGGCGGAGGUGGCGGGCGCGCGCUGGCUGCAGCACAUACAGGAGGAACACAACUACAUCGCCUGGGUGGAGGGCAGGACUCCUCUUUACACUGAAGAUAAAGAAUUUAUCAACACUUACCUAAAACUACUUAUAAAGCAUACUGGAGCAUUGAUCUGCGCAAAAUGUGGUCUACCUCGGAAGUUAGCGAAGUUUUAUUUACAACAUGUUAGCAAAUGCGGUGAAACCAAGGAGGAAUCAGUAGCGGGUAGUCAAGAUAACGUGGAGGAGGAAGAGAACGAGUUCGUGCACAGCGCGGCGGUGCAGUGCGGCGCGUGCCGGCAGCAGGUGGCCGCCGGCCAGUGGAUCCUGCACAUACGACUCAAACACGACUACUUGGCGAGGGUCGCAGGGAAACCGCCCUUAGAUGUAAAUGAUGAAGAACAAGUACGCAAGCAUUUAAGUGCGUUGAGGAAGUAUGUGGACCAACUUAUUUGCAGCAACUGCGGGGAGGGCCACAAAUACGUCAGAGCCUUUCUAAAGCACGUCCAGCAAUGCGAUGGCGCAGAGAUAAGUGACAGCGGGUCAGAUAUGGAAGUUGAAAAGGAAUCAUUUGUACCGAAUGGCACAGUCCGGUGCGGCGUCUGCGGGCGCGAGGUCCGCGGAGAGGAAUGGAUCAACCACAUUCAUAAAGAACAUGAUUAUAUGGCGACUAUAGAAGGGAAACCAACCUUGAUCUUAGAUGAUGAAGAAGAAAUACGAACACAUCUAAAUACAGUACGACGAUAUGUCAGAGAACUUGUUUGUAAUAAAUGUGGUGAAUCACGUAAAUUUGUCAAAUCUUAUAUGAAACACAUAAAGAAUUGCGGCGUUAGUGAGAGAGUAUCUACGGAUACAAGGAUAGAAAGUGGACGAGAUUCAGUAGCGAGCGUAGCCACGGAAGAGGACAAAGAGUUCCAAGUGGAGUUCCCUGGCACUGUUGUGUGCGGCGUGUGCGGCAGGGAAGUGUACGGCAACCAGUGGGUACAUCACAUACGCACGGAACACAAUUAUAUAGCACAUGUUAAAGGAAAAGCACCUCUAGAUCUAAACAAUAAUAAACAAAUCAAAGCACACUUAAACGCCGUCAGCAAAUACGCAGGCGGCCUCUACUGUAAUAAAUGUGGCCUCAUGCGUUUGUACGUCAAAUCGUAUUUAGCGCAUGUACAACAAUGCGAAAACUCCGACAGCCCAUUUACUGUGGAUGCUAAUAAUUCUGUAACGAAGAAGGAAUCGGAUGAAUCGUUCAUCCCAAAUUAUACUACGAAAGCUAGAGAAGAAGUGAGUUCGGAAGCUAACAAUAUUGAGGCUAGUGAGUUUGUGUACGAGGGAAAUGCGGUAUGCGGAGUUUGUCGCAGCGAGGUGGCGAGGAAGGAGUGGAUCGAUCAUAUACAAAAGCAACACAAUUAUCUAGCCUGGGCAGAUGGGGAGACGCCUUUAGAUUUGGAGAACCAAGAACAAGUGCACGCGCAUUUGUAUGAAUUGUCAAGACUACUGAAUGGCCUCACGUGCAACAUUUGUGACGCCAAACGUAAAUAUGUGAAAUCGUUUUUGGAUCAUGUACGAAAUUGUAGUGAUUUCAUCCAAGGUGGUACAGUGGAAUGUGCAGUUUGUUCAAAAUCAAUGCCAGUGGAACAGUGGAAGAACCACGCUAUGAAGAAUCAUUACAAUAUCGCGUGGACAGUCGGAUCAGACCCGAUUGAUUUGAAAAAUCCGUAUGCCGUGGAAAAAUAUCUAAAAGAGUAUAAAAAAGUCGAAAAGAAUUUAAUCUGUAAAACCUGCAAAUUAACACGCGUAUCGUGUGCAGGAUUCUACGCUCACAUCAUUACGUGCGGCAAAACUGAUGAGGAAAUAGAGAAUUUUAAGUCGGUCUGUGACAUUUGCAAGAGCAAAUAUUUGUGCAUAUACAAGAACCAGCAUUUAGCGUUUCACAGAGAGCAGGAAUAUAUAAAAGAGAAGAAGUCCCGAGCGUUGGAGUUGGUGCAGUCGAAGGCGGAGGAGGGGGGCACGCCGGGACGCAGGAGGGCUGCAGAAAAAGCGAAAAAUGUUAUUGAAGAUUAUAAGAGUAAGUUGAAAUAUAAAUGUGGAUCGUGCACCUUCGGCACGGAUGUGGAGGAGGAGUUGGAGGGCCACGUGUGCGCGGCCGACGCACUCAGCGACUCCGACUCCUCCUCCUUGCAGCUCGCGCACUCCGACACCGACAGCGAUGUCGACUCCAACAUCUCUAUGGAGGAGGAGCAGGCCAUGGACAAGAAGAAACGUAUCGACACAUCUCCAAAAGUAUCACAUCAUAUACCAUUUAAAUUAAAAAGUUCAAGUAAUUACAUCGCUCAAGCGGCUUUGGAUUUUCACAAUAUGCACUAUACGUUAGAUGAAUUAUUUCCCGAUUGGAAACCAAAAGGAUGCGAAGAAGUUGACACCGAAGAUUUACCGAAAUAUUUACCAACUGUAGAAGAAUCGUGUAAAGUGAAAAUUGGCAACGAAGAGUGGACGACGUAUAAACGUUUCGAAGCCAAGUAUGACGCAGUGAUAAGCAUGUUCGUGGGCGGGAGCAUACGGUGCGUGUCGUGGGCGGGGGCGCGGGGCGGGGCUGCGCGGGGCGCGGCGGCGGAGCGCAGCUACCUGGCGGUGGCGGGCCCCGGCGCGCCCGACGCCCCGCGCCUGCCCGCCGACCAGCUGCGAGAACAUCCUGCACUCAUACAGCUCUGGGACUUCGGGGAAUUUCAAAGCGAACCUAAGUUUGUGCUUGGACUAGCACUUGAUUACGGCACUGUGUGGGCCAUGGAGUGGUGUCCGUCGGGCGCGCGCGACUGUCCGCCGUAUAGCGCAGAGGCGGAGGCGGGGUCAGAGGCGGAAGCGGAGGCGGGGUCGGGUUCAGAGGCGGAAGCGGAGGCAAGCCACACAGCCGAGGCGAGGCUGGGCCUACUGGCCCUGGCUUGUUCUAAUGGUUCUGUCUACAUACUGUCAGUACCAUAUCCCAGUCAUACGGCAAAAAACCCCCAAAUUAUUAGAAUUAAACCUUCAGUUGAACUAAGGUUAUGUAGCCGCGAAGACAGGAAAAAAUAUCAAGCGACUGCUAUUAGUUGGUCUAAGCAAAAAGGUCAUACGAUUAUUUUGGUCGGGUAUGCGGAUGGCUCGAUGGCCUUUUACGAUUUAAGUUGUGAAUCUCCACUGUUGAAAUCAGUAGAGAACAACACUACGAUAUUAUACCCAUUCCAGGACGACCGGCCGCACAACACUUGCAUUUCGGACGUGGAUCUGUUCGCGUGCGGGGUGGUGGAGGGAGAGGGAAGGGGCGACGGCGGUGCGUGGGGCGCGUGGGGCGGGGCGUCGUGCACAGGCGUACAUGCGGCGCUGCGGGCGGCCGCGCCCCGCCUGCACGCACCGCUCGCAACCGCCGCCACACGCUUCACCCCGCACUGGCCCUCGCUACUUGUCACCGCGGAUGAAGCUAUCGCAAAUUACAUGACUAACGAGCUGGAGUGGCACGGCGGCGGUUGUUGCACAAGAUUUCGUCACCCGAAAUAA